GAUAAACAAUUGGAAGAUAUUAUUAUAAAAGAUAUCCAAAAAGGGUGAAAUUUGCAAAAAAGAAAAUUAAAAAUCUCCAGAGAUUACAACGAGAGAAAACUUAUAGAGAGAUGUCAGAAGCUUCCACACAAAUGACAAGAAAUGAAGAAUCAGAGCAAGUUCAGAAUCCAGAACCAGACCAAAUCUUGAGCCAAAGAAGAUCGUUGGUGAUAAAUCAAAGAAGAUGCUGGAUCUUUGUUUCGUUAUGUCUUUUCUUAGUCUUCCUCGGAGAUUCUCUCGUCAUGCUUCUCUUGAACUUCUUCUAUGUUCAAGACAAUCGAGAAGAUAGUAACCAAGAUCUACAAUAUAAAGGAACAUGGACUCAAGCUCUGAUCCAAAACGCUGCGUUUCCAAUCCUUAUACCUCUCUUCUUCAUUUUUCCUUUACCAAAAUCAAACCCUGAAACCAACAAUAUUCGUUUUCUCUCUUUUCGUCUUCUCUUUCUUUACUUCGCUCUUGGUGUUCUUGUUGCUGCUCAUAGCAAAUUAUUCGCACUUGGGAAGCUAUACGCAAACUUUGGCAUAUUCACGUUGAUUUCCGCCACUCAAUUGAUAUUUACGGCUAUUUUCACAGCCAUCAUAAACCGUUUCAAGUUUAAUAGAUGGAUCAUUAUAUCGAUAAUCCUAACUCUUAUAAUAUACGUUUUUGGUAGUCCUGAAUUUGUAGGACAGCCUGAUGAAAACGAAGAAUUCUACAGCAUUCAAGCCUGGUUAACCUUCUCUGCUUCGGUAGCCUUCUCAUUAUCUCUCUGUUUAUUCCAACUCGGUUUCGAGAAACUUAUGGUGAAGACAAAGAGAUAUGGUAAUAAGAAAGUGUUUAGAAUGGUCUUAGAGAUGCAAAUAUGUGUCUCUUUUGUGGCCUCGGUUAUUUGCCUCAUUGGUUUGUUUGCGAGUGGCGAGUUCAAGGAGUUGAAAGGUGAAAGCGAGAGGUUUAAGAAAGGGAAAACAUAUUAUGUUUUGAGUUUGGUCGGGUUGGCUUUGUCGUGGCAGGUUUGGGCGGUCGGGCUAAUAGGUUUGGUACUUUAUGUUUCGGGCGUGUUUGGUGAUGUUGUACAUAUGUGUACUUCACCACUAGUGGCUUUGGUUGUUGUGUCGGCAUUUAAUUUUAUGGAUGAUGAUUUUAGUUGGCUUAGAAUAGGUGCUUUGAUAGGAACAGGUUUGGCUUUAGGAUCGUACUUCUACUCUCUGCACAAGAAAAACAAGAAGGAGAGGAAUGAACUUAAUCAAAGAGAGAACAAUGUUGAAGUUUAGUCUCUCAUGUCAAAUGUAUGUGGUGUCUUUUUUCAAAAUAUUUUCCUGUUCGGCUAAUUAAUCGUGUAAGUUAAUGUCCAAAUAUGUUGUAUCGAUCUGAAAGCUGUGUAAUUUAUUUGUUAAUUGUUUUAGUUGGAUUUCUUU